UGAUCAGUGAGCGGUCAGUGAUUAUUGGUUCUUACUAUUAAAUCCCUAACUUUAGACCAUAUUAUUACGUUAACUAAUUACUCAACCGUUGUGUAAUCGUUGUGUCUCCUGAACACACCGAUUGGUAUUCUCUGAAUCAAGUGAAUGCGACUACGUACGUUGUACAUGUAAAUUCGCCUUUAUAAUUUUGUAUUUAUCCUGUGAGAAAUAACAUUCAGUAGAAAUUUGUGAUAAUUUUUAAUAAUAGAAUUAGUAUUUUGCGUUGGGCUAUCAGUAGUUGAUGGAUUCUGCUAACCUCAGAAAAUCUAAAAACUAAUUUACUCGUGAAUGUACAUUGAUAGUAGAAAUAACAGUCAGUAUGCAAAGUCACAAUAUGGAUGAGGAAGAAGAUUCUCAAAUAAGUCAAUGGUAUGGAGUAAGGGAAGCCACAUUGUUUGUCGUUGAUGCAACACAAAAAAUGUUUGAAAAAGAUCCCGAAACAAAACUCAGCUAUAUCCACAAAUUUUUCAAGCUGUACAAACAAAUACUUCGACAAAAGCUAGCAUGGAAUAUGCAAGAUUGGAUGGGUGUAAUAUUAUUUGGCACUGAGCAGAAUGAUGCAAAUUCAUGUUGGAAACACAUUCAGACUUUACAACAACUGAGAGUUGUCACCUUGGAUGAUCUGCAGCAUAUCAGAAAACUAACAAAAGGAAGUAUAAAAUGCUACCAGAGUAUGCAGUCUGACAAUACUUAUCCACUUUUUGAUGUACUGUCAUAUGCAAUGGAUAUUUUUUUGAAGAUAAAAACUGUGCUCACUAAACGCAGAAUAGUUCUGAUCACUUGCCACAAUCCUGCGCUGGAGGAAAAUGAGAAGUAUCGAAUCAGGUCAAAAGCAGCGUCAUUAAAAAACCUGGACAUCAAAUUGCACGUGAUCGGUUUGGGCAAGAAUUGGGUGCGCGAUAAAUUCUACGAAGAUUUAGAGAUGUUAUCGAGAAAGACAGAUGCAGCUAUUUACAAAAUGACAUCUCUGGUAGACUUGGUGCAGCAGAUUAAAGCGCCGUCUAAAAACAUUGGGCGAUUAUCCUUCAAGAUACGCGACGAUUUGGAGCUUGAUCUAGUCGUGCGUACUUUGGGCAGAAAACGUAGGUGCUUGCAAACGAAGCCGCUAAGUAAAAAAACCGGUCAAGUUUUAUUGAGAUCAACGUACAUAAAGGGACUUGACGAGGAUUUGAACAAUGAGGAGAACAGUGACGAUGAAGAAACUAACUUGCCUUAUAUGAUACCGGAGGAAGUUAACUUGGAAACCAAGGAGUUGAUUGGUGGCAGGAAAUUGCGUUUUACGCAAAAAGAGAUUUCCAGAGUGAAGCAUAUAUAUCCGCCAGGUAUUAAAUUAAUCGGCGUGAAACCUGUACCGAAUGAUCUCUUUCGGUAUCACGUGAAACGACAGUACUUUAUCAGAGCAGAUCACAGUAGCACUCGUAAAGAUAAUCUAUUGUUCUUUGCCGCUUUAUUAAACAAAUGCGCCGCUGCGGGCAAGAUGAUAGUCUGUGCGUUUACAAUGCGAAUGAACACUCAAACUAAUCUCUGUUACAUGAUCCCGAAUGUGGAAUUCGGUGGUUUCUACUUAUCAAAAGUCUCCUACCAAGGAAGCAUAGGAGACAAGAGUGAUGUGUUAUAUCAUUAUGAAACACAGAAUCAAGUAACCAACAAGGAGAUCGAAUUAUGGAAAAAAGCUAUCGAUCAAUUAAAUAUGAUGUAUCACCCGUACAUGUUUAGAUCUUACAAGUUGGAGUGUCAAAUACAAAUAGUGGAAAAAUUAGCUCUGGAUAAGAAACACGGUCCUCCACCGGUCGAUACUAUCGAAGAGUCGUUUUCAAAAACUUCCAAGAAAAUAAAGGAACUUGUUCCUGAGUUUAAGAAUAUAUAUUCUGACUUGGACAAGUCUGACGUACCACCAAAAGCAAAAAGAGCAAGAAAAAAAGAGUCAAACUAAAGCAACACAUAAUUUUGCGAUUAUAUAUAAUUAUAUAAUCGGAGCAAAACAGGUAAUGCGUAACUAUCGAAUAAUUUUACAGCUCGUUGAAGUGAAAUAAGGUCGAAACUUUAAUGGAAAGAAAUUGCACACAUAUGCUUUUAGUUUAUCUUUAAAAAAAAAUGUAAUUUGAUAAAUUUAUAUAUUGACACCCAUAGUUCAGCUUCGAGAUUUACCUAAUUAUUAUACAUUGCUAUUAAAAUAUAAUUUUACAUGAUAAAGAAAUACUUUGAAAAGAAGGAUAGAUAUUGCCUGGUAGAUAUUUAUAUAUAAAAGAUGAGAUCAUGUUUUACAUGUUUCACACUUUAUUCAACAGUUUGUCCAGGAAGUAUUAUAAUAUGUAUGUGUAUCAAAUAUAUUUUUCUUAAAAAUAAAAGGAUAUUUAUUCUGUAACCAUUACUUCACUGUUGUCAGUCUUGGACUUUGAUAUAGGCACUUCAUCAAAGCAUUGAGAUAAGACUGAUUUGUGUAAUAUAUGCUAUGAAGAUUCAUCUAAAG